UUGAAUCCAAAGGGAUCAUACCCCAUGUGUGUCUUACUAUAUUAUAACAACAACAUUUUCUCGAGUAGCUAUCUAUCUAUAUAUUAUAGUUGUCAUAUCUCAAUACAAAGGGUUGCAUUUUUUUGGUGGAUCCAAUUUCAAUUGAUCUUCAAUACCUAAGAAAGAAUGAGACAACGAAUGGAAAGGCUUGUCAUUCUUCCUUUCUCUUCUGGUUGUAUUUCCGAGGCUAGUGUUGCUGUUGGUGUUCCACAACAAAGAAGAUCAAAACAUGUAGAUACCAAUUCACCACAUGAUGCAAUAAAAGGAUCUAAAGGAGUCGAGGAUUCAGAUGAUUUGUCUGGUGAAAGUAUGAAGAAUUCGUUGAGACUCCUUGAUGUUGUUCCAAAGCCUAACAUGUCCUUCAACAAGUUGUUCAAAGGCUUCAAGAACCUUUCUCAAUUGUUUGGGGAGAAAGAAGAGGAAUUAGAAGAAGUAGAAAUGGACAUGGAAAUAGGGUGCCCAACAGAUGUGCAACAUGUGACACACAUUGGUUGGGAUGGUGUUACAAGCUGUAAUGCUGCUGACUCAAUGAGGGGAUGGGAUGCUCUUAUUCCUCCCGAGCUCCUUUCUCUAGCAGCCUCUCAAUCUUUACGGCCAAAACAUGAAACUUCAUCUCCCAUCAUGCCUUCUAUUGCAUAAUUAAUUGAAGAUUGUAUCUUUUGCAUGAUGAUAUAUAUGAGAAACUAGAAACACGAAAGUGUGAUUUGAUUGUGCUGGAUGAUAUAUACAAAUAUUUUAUAAGUACAGUAUAUAUUAUGGCGAGUUUCAUUUGUAUUAAUGUUAGACAUAACAUAUGAUAUAUUAAUGUA